GUCAAGAUCUCAGGAGGAAAAUAAACAGACGAGCAAAAUCUUAUCCACUUUUCUACAAGUCCAACCUGGAGCUCCUUGGGCGACACAUGGCGAAAGCCACACCACAGUAUUACGAGGGGUGUGGACGAGAAGGUCCGAUAAAGUGCAUCUUCCUCAGUGAAUUCCAUCCGGUGCACGGAUCGAAGAUAAGCUGCCAAGUUCCGGAGGGAUACGUGCCGAAGGAGCUCUUCGACGCCGUGAAUGUGUACAUCAUCCCAAAGCCCACGGCCAUUCAGCGAUGUGUGCUGACGAUAAACUCACUGGGCUGCAAAAUAGUUGGAUAUCCAGUGAGAAUUGAGAGUCCCAAGUAUGAGAGGAAUGCGUACUACUUCAAUCUGUGCUUCGUCUGCGAUGGCUGGGCCAGAACGAUCCAGUACGAGCCGGUAGUGAAGAAGCUGGCAGAGUACUUGGCAAUGAUGGAGGAGGAGACGUGUUUUCUCUCGCGCGACGCCGGAGGGAGAAUCGAAACGCUUCUGGCACAAACGAUGCAGGAUCUGAACGAGAAGAAAGUCACGACGAUCAUCGAAGGUGACACCACAAUCUACUUGAAGAUCGUCAACCUGCGGACGGAUCCGCAAAUUGUCAUGGAUCACAUGGUUCCUACCUUAGAGCCACAGGUUCGAGACAUGCCGCUGGAGUUGUGGGAUCUCACGAGUCAACAGGUGAUUCCCUUCAUUAAUGGCGUGAACCACGUGGCGCGAAUUGCAGCGGAGGCAGAUGUGGAGAACGCCCUGGUAAAGGCAUGCAUCCAGAAUCUUUUCUACUAUGGUGUUGUGAAGCUCCUGCCGCUGAUCAAGUACAGCAAUGUGUACAUGUGCACGCGAAAGCUGCAGAACUUGACUAAGAACCAGGCUCUCUUCUAUGCGUGUCGCUCAGCCAUCAUGCUGAAGCCAGAUCAGGAACGCCCCACACUCCACAAGAUACUCCAGCUGUACUCCUUUAUGACUCACGGUGUCACGCUGCGGACUCUGUGCCAGCGUCUCAGCCCACGAGACAGCAAUAUCGACGAACGGCAGCUGGUGAUCUUUGGGUUGACUUACAAGCUCAUUCGCUGCAUUAAUAAGUACCCCAUCUUCACGGGGCGCCAUCCGGAAAUGCCCAUUGGCCGCCAGAAGCUCUACAAUGGACUUCUCAGCUUGGAUGAGAUCUGCUCCAUUACUGGCCUCUCGCCGGCCAAGAUAGAGUCAGAGAUCGACACAGAUGCUAACGUGACGGUGAUUUGGAAGUAAAGUGCCCUAAUUUGCCAAUAAAUUCCAUGAAAUCCUUUGAAGAAA